AUCUGACUGUUGAUGUGUCAAACAUAAAUAAAGGCCUCUACUGUAAAGAACAAAAUUUUGGUUGGCAAAUUUCCGAGGAAAACUAAUGGAAAAUUUGUUGAAUUGAUAGCAAAACUCCUGUUUUAGAGUGAUUACCUGCUAAACAUGUCUUCUAGCGACGCAAAACUGGAGCUUUACGAUGACUACGCUUCGGCAACCGAAUCGAUGGAAGGACAAAUGGCAGUCCCGUCGGCUGCCAACCGGAAUACCACUGACCCUGGGGCGCCCAACUUCAGCACCCUGGACGAACCUAUCAAGGACACAUUUCUCCGGGAUGUCAAAGCAGUUGGAGUAAAGUUCUACCACGUAAUGAUACCGAAGGAGAAAAAUACUCUACUUCGAGAUUGGGACCUCUGGGGUCCGUUGAUUCUGUGCACAUUCAUGGGAACCAUCAUACAGGGUACGGCCAACGAUAAGGGCGACGGAGGGCCGGAGUUCGCCCAGUUUUUCGUGAUCGUUUGGUUCGGUGCCAUGAUCGUAACCUUGAACUCGAAGCUUCUGGGAGGGAAUAUAUCGUUCUUUCAGUCGGUCUGCGUGCUUGGCUAUUGCCUCACACCCUGCGCCGUAGCUCUGAUGGUGUGUAGGAUAAUUCUGGUGGCCGAACAAACGGCUUUCCUGUUUUUCCUGCGGCUGCUCGUUGCUGCUACCGGAUUCGGUUGGGCUACCUAUGCAUCCAUCAUUUUCCUCGGCGACAGUCAGCCCUCGAACCGGAAAGCGUUGGCCGUUUAUCCGAUAUUUUUGUUCUACUUCAUAAUAUCCUGGCUCGUGGUGUCGCACAGUAAUGUGUAAGUGAACCAAAGUUCGAAGAACAAAACAUCAUCGGCAGGUUGUCUGCAGAUUAGGAUCACAUUUUUUUUUUGAAAGAAAAUCAAAGAUCGCGAAAUCCGUUUUAAGUAAAUUAUCUCUUCGACUAGGUACGUGAAUGAUGUGACUGUGACUGUGUAUAUAAUUAGGUAUAGUAAAAUGAAUGAACUGGUAAUUUUCCUAUUUGUUUGUGACUUUUGAUUGCUAGAAUAGCAUCAGAAAAAACGAUAGUCAUAUUCCAUUUUUAUUGUCGGGUAAGCUCUGAUAUAAAAAAUAAAGCGCUGCGCAACUUUUGUUUGCUUGUAA